GCUGAGGAGCCACAUUUGUGCAACCAUAAGCUACCUAAUAAAGAAAGAAGAGCAGCAGAGCCAUGUUUAAUCAACCGUGAGCUCGAUCCCUUCCUUGUCAUCUCAUCAAGGUCGACCAAUGGCGUUUCUAGGAGGUUCAUUGCGCAUGACGAGGAGCAUGGACAGCCAGAAGAUGAUGGAGAAGAAGAGCCACGGCGGGUCAGGGUCGUGGCGUCAGGCGCCGGCGCCCGUGAGGCAGCUCUUCUGGAUAGUGAGGCGCGCCAUGCUAAGGCCAAAGCGCCGUGCCCUGAGUUUCGGGUACGACCACAAGAGGUACUCCCGGAACUUCGAUGACGGCCUCGUCACUGCCCACUGCCUCUAGCUAGCCACACCCGCAGGGUCUUCUACUUCUUCUUCUCAAUUUUACUUGCCGCCUGGCCGGACCAUCACCCGAGGCUGGAGAGUUUGAAGCGUCGUCACCUUGUGAUCUGCUCCUCCUCUAGUUCAGCUACGAGUGUAUAUUAGACAGUACUGUUCAUACAUAAGUUGCUUACUGUUGAAAGUCUGAAAUUGAGAAUGAAAUGACAGCAUAACUAUGUGCUUUUGGCCCUGUUUGGUUCGGCUGUGGAUUUCUAAAAGAAGCUGUGAAAAAUCUGUUGUGGAAAAAUAGCUUUGUUAAAUCUGAUUUGAAAAAGAUGUAGGUCAUUUGGCAAACCAGCUGAUAUAGCUUUUUCAGAUUUUGGCCCGCAACGAAAUCA